AUGGCGCAUUCGAAUCAACGAACUACUUAUAUCACCAAUCAACCAACAACUGGCAAUCCGUUUCAGCAAGCAACUAGUGAAUGGUCAGCUGAUUUAUUCAGUUGUUGUGAUAACGUUUCGGAAUGUUGUUAUGCAUAUUGGUGCUUCUGUUGUUUUCUUGGAACGUUGGCAGAUCGAAUUGGUGAAUCGAAGGUUUCAUGUUGUUGUGUGCCAAAUGUACUUGGCGUGUAUCGUAUGAAAGUACGAUCGGUUUUACGAAUUGAAGGUGAUUCAUGUGGUGAUUAUAUGGCGACAUCCUGUUGUCCUUUUUGUGUUGCUUUACAAAUAUCAAAUGAAUUGACUAACCGUGGUAUUAAUUAA